UGAAGUGCGUUGUGCUUCUACGAGAGUACGGCGGGCACAGGCGGAGGCUCGGCCCGGCGGCACACUCGCCGCCCGACCGCCCGGCGCCGCGCACGUAACGCCCGCGAGCCCGCUACUUACGCGCCCCCAGUGACAAACUCGAAACAUGUGCUAAGUGACCACUCCACAAUGAAGGGCCGACAUCAAUUCAGACGCAGGUUCAGCUUGCAACCGUCGUUUUUGAAGGAAGAACACGAAGACGAACGGAGGCCCCACAGGACCGAGCGAACAGAAGAGACAGUCGCCAGUAGCGCCAACCUCACCAACAAUGCAGUGCGUCAUAAAAUUGUCGUACUAGGAGCCGCCAAAGUUGGCAAAUCGUCGCUGAUAACACAAUUCCUCUACAACACGUUUUCUCCUAAAUACAAACGAACGAUCGAGGAAAUGCACCACGGAGACUUCAAUGUCGCUGGAGUUAGAUUGACAUUGGACAUUUUAGACACAUCAGGGGCUUAUGAAUUUCCUGCCAUGAGAGCUUUGUCUAUGCAAUCGGCGGAUGCCUUCAUUCUAGUAUACGAUAUCACGGAUCCUGACAGCUUCGCAGAGGUGCGGACGUUGCGGGAUCAGAUUCAUGAGACGAAAGCCAGCACAGCCGUGCCAAUAGUGGUGGUGGGGAACAAGGUAGACCUGGCGGAGACGGGGGCAAGACAGGUCGAUUUCCACACAACCGAGUCCGUAGUCACCGUGGACUGGGAGAACGGUUUCGUCGAGGCUUCAGCCAAAGACAACAUGAACGUGUCCCAGAUCUUCAAGGAGCUGCUGGUGCAAGCCAAAGUGAAGUACAACCUGUCCCCGGCGCUGCGCCGGCGCCGGCGCCAGUCCCUCCCCACCGGGCCCCAGGGCCCCCCGGGCACUCCCCCCACCACCGCCCCCCACGUACCCUCGCCCGCGCAGCUCGCGCACCUUCAACAGAUUAGAGAGCGGCAUGCUAACAGCAAACGCAACUCUUGCGUCAUUUCUUAAAGUUUAAAACCAAUUUGUAGGCUCUCAAUUUUAAUACAAAGUGGAUACGUGGUAAUAUCUCAAAAAGAUUAUUCACCUGCCAAGGCCUUUAUUGACAUUGAAUAUAAUAGUAAAACAUUUGUCAACAUUCUGUCGCCGUAAAUCAGAAACACGCUUGUCUGGGUAUAGACUUUCCAAAACCAUUACGAGUAAAUGACCAUAAAUUUCAUUUUCAUUUGAACGUCCAUUGUAAGUAUUGUUACCUAUUCGUGAAUUUAAUUUAAAUCCCCACGAGGUGUUGAAAACUUUUGUUGAACGGAGAGUUCACCCAUUAAAAUAAAGCUUACUGCUUCUGUGUCAUUUAUAAUUAUAAUUACAGGAAGUAACAAUUUGAGAAAUAAUUUAACAAAACUUGUUGUAAAUGUUUUUGUUCAUUAAAUAUUUUCAAUUAGGUAACAUUGAAAAUUUUCUUUCAAUAAACUUGCUGACUAUGUAAACAAAAGUCACUAGUAAAUUCAUCAUUCAGAGACAAUUUCAAUAUGGCGGUUUGUUUACAUAGUUAGCAAGUUCCAUAGAAUGACACUUUAAUUCCAAGUAAAAUGCCGGUAGGUUCUAAGUUUCUAAGCAGUUUAAUUUAAUAUUUUCAAAACUCCAUUUAUAUUUUAAUCUGUGGAUGGGUAGAUAUCUGCUUUGUCUAGGAUUUAUAUCCGUAAUGAAUAACCUAAAGAUAAUACUGCGGUAGAAAGGGUUUCCGAAUAAAUUGGAAACCACUCAGGUACCAUCGCCCACACUGUUCACUGUACAUCGGUGGACCUUAUGCCUUUUGUAAUAAGGCCCACCGAUGUACAGUUAGGAGUGUUGCUGUACAGGAGCUACCGUUAAAUCCUCCUAACAUUUUCCACGAGUUCAAGUGGUUUCCAAUUAUAUCAUCAGGUAUUUACGAUGUUGACUGUACUUAAUAUAAAUUUAUACCCCUAGUAUAGAUUUAACGUAUCUGUAAAUCAAGGAACUAUAACAAUAUCCUUUACUCUUACUGCCAAUUAUCUCUGGUCAAUUUUGAAAGCAGAACCAAAACACAUUUUGCAAUAUUUGUUUUUCCUGUAAGACAAGGUCUUUUUCAAUACCCCUGUUUAAAAGUAAAAUAAAUACACAUUAUAAUAUUGUAUAAGUCUAAUAACGCCAACGCCAAGCGAAAUGUUUACGUAAGUUUAGUAUAAAUAUUUCAGAGCAAUGGAUGUAAAAAAUACAUGUUAGGUAAGGAAGAUGGUAUCUAUGACUGGAUUAUCUGUAAGUUGAAUGUAGAGUACAGGACUAUGUAGGAGCUGGGGACUCCAGUUUUGUAGAGAAACAAAAAUCGACUGAAUGUAUUGUAUGAAACUUCAGAUGUGUCUAAAGUGUGUUUUCUUAUCGUGAAUAGUAAGUAGUUCGUGUUGUCCUCUUGCAUAAAAUUCAAAUAGAAAAUAAUAAGUACUUAACUCUAUAAUCAGAUACUACACAAGCGACAGAAGCCGUAAAUUCACAGUUAAGUAUUUUUUUUGUCCGCUUAAUACGAGUACUUGCGCUUUACCUGAAUUGUUUUAUCCGAAUAAGAUGAUUAGAGCAAAGCCCGGCUAAUCAAAUUAACAGAUCUAGCCCUGCGCCUCAUACAGGCAAAAGAUGGAAUCGAAGACGUUAAUAUGCGACCGUUUACAUUUGUAAAAACAACGACUACUAGUAGACACUGCUUUUGGUAUGAGCAUUCCCGUAAAGUUACGCGUCGUGUCGCUUUUAACAUUAAUUAAAACAAAACUAAUCGCUGGUGACUGCUGCAGUGUCAUUUCGUUCAUAUUCCUGUUCAUGUUCAUGUUCAUAUUUUUGUCAGGUUUCUUAUAUCUAUCCUAUGUUAUGCGAGACAUUUGCAACUUAAUUAUACUUGUUGCAUAAUGAGUUAAACUAGUUGACGAAAUGGACGAGGUUUUACUACAUUCCAGGAAUUGACCGCUAGCCAUAAUAUCUAGUUGUAUUAACUUAACUAAUAUUGAUACUACCCACAUAAAUGGGCUUAACUUCGUACGUUACAUGUCAAAUCGAUCGUUAUGUAGGUAAAUUGGCAUGUCGGGUGCAUGUAACAUCGUACGCAUCAUGCACAGUUACAUAUAUACCUAUUCCUUUGGAUAUCCUACCGCGAUAUCGACCAAUAGAGAUUCAUGUUGUUUAAACAUGCAAGAACCGGGAGGCAUAAUAUUCUGAAACUCGACUUGAUUUUUUUUCUUCGACUGAAUUCUAAUACAUGUAAAACCUUUUCUGUUGUCAUCUUGUACCAUACGUAUUCUGGCAAAUAAAGAAUUUCUAUUAUAUUCUAUUCUAUGUAGAUGAGUAAAAUAUGCAACUACUUUUGUGAUAUAUUUGCGAUUGCUGCCCUCAACUCUGUCCGUGUUGCGCUCCCAUAGAAAUCCAAGGUGAUAAUUUCCAGAACAAACAAUCUAGGUAUAUAUAUUUCUGUGGGCCUAGUGAAAAAGGAUACAAGUCUCACGCAGCUUAGGAGUAAAAGGGCACAGGUGUUACUUGGAACCCAUUUACAACCGCGCUGCCCGAGACAUGUACCUGUUUUCACUAGGGACACAUAUUUACAGCAUAUGAUAUGGUGGAUAUAAUAUUCAACUCUAUUGAGAGCUAUUAAAGUUCAAAUUUAAACAAAUAUUUUACUACACGAAGCUUAGGGGUUGUUAUUUUUUUUUUUAAUAUUCGUGGGUUGCGGGUCCCAGGCCUGGCGAACAAAUACAUGCGUCGUAUUUACCAUGUUUUAUAUUCUAAUAGAUACGGCCCCGGUGUCUAUUUAGUACGUAAUUAUAUUUAAACAAAAAACACCGUAAUUAAGUAUUUUUAAGAAGUGUGGCUACCCUUUAAUAUGAAGGAAGUUUUGAAGUUACCUAUGCAAUAUGCUCCAAGAAAUAUGAGGCUACAAAGAUAUAAUCGCUGAAAAUAUAUAAUGCUGUAACCCGCAUUACAAUUGUAGUGUGGGUUACAUCAUUAUUGCUUUCCAUCGACGAAAUGGUAAGUUAAGAACUAUCUGUCCCUUUUAACUAGUAUUUAUAAACUACCUCGUAUUUAUCAUACUACCUACUUUAAAUGUACCUUAUAAAGUAGACAUCUAUUUCAGUUUUGUACAAUAUUCGAUCUAAAUAGUUAAGUUGGAAUCCUUCUAAUUCAAAGAAUUUAUAAAGUUAACUUAAAGUAUUUCAAGUUUAUGGAUGUGCCUUUUUUAAUAAAUAGGGAUCCUUAGUUUCCAGAUGUAACUCUGUUAAUUACUUUCUGUUCUAAUAAAAAAUAUUAUGACAUAAAUAUAAAAUACAACGACCCCUUAUUUUACCGACAAACUUAACUAGGUAUUUGUCGAAUUUCAUUUCACGAAUAAAUAAAAUAAUUAGUAUGUAGUUACUAGAUUCUAGUAUUUUUGUAACGUUUAUGCAUCACUAACUAAUUUUAUUUUGAAUACAAGAAUGUUUUAAUAGUUAAUUACACUCAUUAAAUAUUUAGUGAAACGUUUAUUUGGCAAUUAGUAAUUGCUAAAAAAAUUGUAAAACAAAAUCCUUUAACCUCUAGCUGCCCAGAGACCUAUAAAAGGUCUCAUGUUCCAUUCUAGUUUGAACUUUGUGUUGAUAAAAUAAAAUUGAAUUUUGCUUGGCAAGGUUUGACGGCUAGACGUUAAGACGAUUGUCGGCAAAAUAAGGGUUUACUUUUAAAUAUUACAUAUAUUAUUAGAUUAUCUGACGAACUAUUUCGAAACAAAAUAAAAAUCGAUAUUAGAAUAUAAUAUUAUGACAUACAAUCUUUAUUAAAGCAAGGAUACAAUUUCCUUAUCUUUAUACCUACGUAUAAAAUAUAUUUCUACCACUAGAAAGCCAAUAAUAACAAAAUAUUGAUGUUUAUGAAAUAUAAUAUUGUAUGCUGUAUAAUACAUGAUUGUCCUAUUUAGCACUGAGGAUUUGAAAUGUGUAGGGCCCUAGUAUAAUACAAAUUUCGGUAUAUUCUGUGUUUUGCAUAUAAUACUUGAAACAAAUGUUUUAAUACGACUACUUAAGGAAAUAAUACAGAAUGUUAUAACAUUGUCUUUGAAUAAACAUUAAUAUUAUACUUCA